AUGGCGUCGCAGUUGGUCUAUUUCGGGCCCAAACCACUCCAGGCGCUCAACGCCAAAAUGCGCCAUGGUUUCGACGAAGACUACAACUCAGAACAGUUUCUCUCGUCGCUCGCCAACAACUUCUACAUCUAUUUCGACGAUAAGCGUCACAAUGCGAAUGGUCUGCCGCUUCUGGACGCGGAGAAACGGCUGCCUGCGCAUGCCAAGACAUACCAGCCAAUAGUGGACUGGAAAGUGAUGAAAGAACGCCAGAAAACGAUCGCUGCAGCAGUGGUUCUUUGUCUAAAUUUGGGCGUAGACCCCCCGGACGUCAUGAAAACAUAUCCAUGUGCCAAACUCGAGGCUUGGUGCGAUCCAGGUGCAUACACAGACACCAAAAAGGCCAUAGAGGCCAUUGGAAAGAGUCUCCAGGCACAAUAUGAGACCCUCUCCUUGAGAACUCGCUAUAAGCAGUCGCUAGAUCCUUGUGUGGAGGAAGUUAAAAGACUAUGUAACACUUUGCGUCGUCUGGCGAAAGAUGAACGUAUUUUAUUUCACUACAAUGGUCAUGGUGUACCCCAACCAACCGCCAGUGGAGAGAUCUGGGUGUUUAACCGAGGAUACACACAGUAUAUUCCCAUAAGCUUGUACGAUCUUCAGACUUGGUUGGGCGCGCCGGUCGUGUUUGUCUACGAUUGCAAUAGCGCAGGAAACAUAGUACACAACUUCAAGAAGUUCGUUCAAAAACGUAUUGAUGACGAUAAUGAAGGCAAUCACGACGAGAGCGCUCCCUCUCCUACCCUGGCAUACCUUGACCUGUUACAACUUGCUGCUUGUCGCUCCCAUGAAAUUCUUCCGAUGAGCCCUGCAUUGCCAGCCGAUUUGUUCACCUGCUGCUUAACAUGCCCGAUCGAUAUUUCUUUGAAAUGGUUCAUUAUGCAGCUGCCUCUCAAGGAUAGCUAUUAUCUGUUGCUUCCUCGCAAUUCUAGUGGAAGCGUCAUUGUUCCAGGUAAACUCACUGAUCGUAGAACACCGCUUGGUGAACUCAAUUGGAUCUUCACUGCGAUCACAGACACAAUUGCUUGGACCUCGCUUUCGAGGCCCAUUUUCAAGAGAUUGUUUCGUCAGGAUCUUAUGGUCGCGGCUCUAUUCCGUAAUUUCCUUCUAGCAAAGCGUAUCAUGCCACAUCUCAAUUGCAAUCCUGUGAGUGAUCCACCACUCCCUGAGUCUGUACGUCAUCACCCCAUGUGGGAUUCUUGGGAUCUCGCCAUUGACCAGGUCUUCGCACAGCUAAUAAAGAAUAAUACUGCCAGCUCUGACUCAGAUUCACUACCGACCACUGGCGGCUCAUUUUCUGGACCGUCGGCUUCAACAGCAGGCUCCAACGCCUCCUUGGAGCAAUCGAGACCGCCGGCUGCAUCGUCUGCAUCUGCGUCUGCAACUGCUUCGGCGGCGGCCCUCCCUCAAGCAUUAUCGAACUACCAACAUUCAACCUUUUUUGAGCAACAGCUCACUGCAUUCGAGAUAUGGCUCAAGUAUUCUGGUGCCUCCACAAAAGAUCCUCCUGAUCAGCUUCCUAUCGUGUUGCAGGUCCUUCUUUCUCAAGUGCACCGCUUGCGUGCUUUGAUUCUCCUCUCGAAGUUCCUCGACUUGGGACCAUGGGCAGUAUAUUUGUCGCUCUCGAUCGGUAUCUUUCCAUAUGUCCUCAAACUUCUCCAAAGUCCUGCGCAAGAAUUAAAGCCAGUGCUCAUUUUCAUAUGGGCCAGAAUCAUGGCCAUAGACUACAAAAGUACCCAACAGGAGCUCUGCAAAGACAAGGGCUACAACUACUUUUAUUUGAUCCUAAACACCACACCCCAGAACCAAAUCGGCGCGCCUGGUGCGCCCGGUGGUGCUGCUGUAAAUUGGAACGCUCUCCCUGCCAAUAAUGUGCUUGUGAACGACGAUCAUAAAGCUAUGAGUGCCUUCAUCUUAACACUCUUCAUCAAAGACUUCAAAAACGGACAAAGGCUCUGUUUCUCUAUCGAGUUGGUGACCAAUUGUCUUCGUUUCAUUGCGACCUCAGAGAACCCAUUGCUCAGACAGUGGUGUUGCUUGCUUUUGUCUCAGCUUUGGCUGAAAUACCCUGACGGAAAAUGGAUUAUUUACAAAGAUGGAUAUUUGAGUAAAUUUCUAGAGCUUGUCAACGACCCAAUUCCAGAGGUGAGAACAUCAAUCAUCUUGGCCCUCACCACAUUCUUGACAGAACCACUGGAGGGCCCUUCUGAUCUGCCACAAAAACCUUCGAGAGGCUCUCAAAUGAGCGCUUCGACUUCAAUGAAUACCUCUUCCACCAAUUCAACUGUGAUGUCUGGCCAGAGGCAAAAUGGUCCUCCUAUCAGCAUCAAUUCCGAUUUGAGAAAGGAUGAGUUGAAGCAACAGGACUCUAAGUUUGCGAAUGUGAUUCUUAAGCUUCUCGGAGACGGAUCGACCAUUGUGAGAAAAGAAAUUGUGUUUUUCAUCAACCGCUUCAUCAAGGUGUACGAGAAGUUCUUCUUAGUGGUUGCCUUCAAUCAGCUAGAGGAGGAAAUCGUUUUGAUUGAUAAUCCUAACAAUUUACAGGAGUUCCGCAAAAAGUCCCCGGCUUAUGGUUCGAUCUUUAGCUCAGUUUGGAAAGCGCUUCUAAUUCUUUCAGAAGAUCCACAUCUCGAAGUUAAAGAGUUAGCAGAAACUCUCAUUGACGGCGUCAUGGUGAAGUUGCGCAUGAGUGAAUUGGGUGACUUGGUGCAAGAAAUGCAAGACUGUUUGUUGAGCAAAUCUAGUACCAAUAUCUCAGAUAGCUUCCAGGCGUCGCCAAUCGUCAGUCGCCAACCAAUGUCACUUCAAAACAAAAACGGCAUGAACGGCCACAAUCGGUCAAACAGCAACGGAAACGGAGUCGCAAACGGAACACAUAGUGGUGCGCAUCAAUCGCCUCUCAGAAAUGCUGCAAGCUCUGGCACUUUGAAUAGAUCAAGCCCUGGCAAAGAAGAUAACUCAGAUGCUUCUUCAAUCACUUCUAAACUCAAAUCUCUUGGUAUUGCUAGCAUUUUCAAAUCCUUCCAGAUUGACGAGGACAAUGAGAUCAAGAAAUUCACUCGUAUUCUCAAUCAAGGAACAAUUCCCAGCCAGUAUGGCGCUGAGUACAAGCCAAGAACUCCACGGUACGUUGCACGGAACCUCGACGUUGAACCAGACUUACCCGAUUCGUCUGGAUUCUUCGAGUACAGUUGUGAGUAUUUCCAAGAGCCGCAAAUGUCCAAAAGUGAGGCUGAUGAGCCCGGAUCAAAAGAGUAUGUUAGGCGCUUAUGGAGAAGAAACCGUAACGAGCAAACAAUCCAAGAAACCCAGCCUCAAAAGAAAAUUGCUAUCCGCGGAGAUUGGAAUCGCGAGUUGUCUGUGUUGAGCAAUAAAACACAACCAAAGCUACUCCGAUUCAUGCAAUUCGAAAAGAUGUUGGUAUGUACAGACGAGAAGGACACUGUGAGCGUAUGGGAUUGGGAAAAAAAGAACAUGGUCACAAAAUUCUCCAAUGGCAAUCCAUUCGGUACCAAGAUCACGGAUUUGAAAUUUCUCAACGAAGACGAUUUGCCGUUGGUCAUGACUGGAACUUCGGAUGGUGUCAUCAAAAUCUACAAGAACUUCCAUUGUGAGGGCUACGAUGAUGACAAGCCAGUGCAGCUUGUGACUGCGUGGCGUGCAUUGACGGAUCUACUUCUUACGUCUAGAAUCUCCGGGCUUGUCAGCGACUGGCAACAGUCGAGGGGUUCGUUGUUGGUGAGUGGAGACGUCAAGAUCAUCCGAGUUUGGGAUGCGCCGCGAGAGCUCUGUAUCGCUGAUAUCCCUGCGCGGUCGUCGUCGUCAAUCACGAACAUCACGUCGGACCAGGUUGCGGGCAACAUUUUCGUGGCGGGCUUCGAAGACGGCACGAUUCGAGUGUAUGACCGCAGACUCGACACACGAGAGUCCAUGGUCAAGGUCUGGCAGGGAGGACGCAACGGAACAAAGAACAUGGGUCGCGGAGCGAUCAGAAAUGUGCACAUGCAAAGAGGAGGAUUCCGCGAGUUGGUUAGCACGUCUGCAGACGGAUACAUCAACUUGUGGGACAUCCGUAACUCGGACCCAGUGGUUUCGUUCAACAGUCCAGAGAGAAAUAUUCGAGCCGCAGAUGUUCACGAACAUGCACCAAUCAUCACCACUGGCUCUAAAAGCGUCAACAUCUGGACCACCGCCGGCGACGUCGUGGCCACAUUGAAGAACCCACACGACACAUAUCUCACCAACAGAACUUCAAACUACAUUUCUAGCAUAGCAUUUCAUCCACACCAGAUGAUGAUUGCCACCAAUUACAUCCAAGAUGGGCACAUCAAUGUUUACUCGUGUACAGACAUUGUCUCCGAGUAUUGA